AGAAGAAGAAGAAGAAGCUACACCAACAACAAUCGGAGGUUUUUCAUUUGAACUGAACUUUUUUCCUCCAAACUUUCUGAAGGUUUUUUUUUUAAUCCGGCCUCUGAGCGUCUCAGGAUGAAGCCGCCUCCUCGCGCUCGGACUAAGCGGGACCUGGAGAUCCGCUCUGGGCCCCCGGAGCCCCGCAGGAAGCCGGCGGUCCGGAGGUGGGGGCGCGUGGAGCUGAAGAAGCUGCUGGAAGCCCUGAAGGAGCUGCACCAGGGGCCCGGAGCCCCGCGGGACAUCGACUAUGUGAUCCUGAAGAACCGGGUUCCGACCCGGUCCAUCUCAGAGGUCCGCGCCAUGGUGGACUCUCUGAAGGGAAGAGUGAUGUCAUCGGCCAGGUUUCAGCUGAGAAUGAAGCAGCGUGAGGAGCAGCGGGCCUGGAGGCCCAUCCAGUGGUGGACGCACACGGCCUCUGUUCUGAGCGGAACCAUGGAAACGCUCAUAUCUGCCGCCUUCUCUCAGAUGCUGACGGUGUCGUCCAUCGAGCCCUGUGCUCUGAGCGGCUUUGAUCCCUGCUGGGACAGGAGGCCCCCUGCUGGUCGCGGCGUCCCGAUCAGACCGCGGCCCCGCUCGCCACUGAAAGCAGCAGCAUGCAGAGGCCUCCCAGCACCUUCUAAAACCCCUCCGGCUGUCAAACAGACGUCUCCUGCUGCUGCCGUCUCCAGCCCACCAACAGGACGUCCACAGCCUGCUUCUGCAUCGCCUCCUUUCCCCGCCUCCAGCCCUUCUUCUUCCGACUCCUCGGCCCCGCUGUCCGACGCGGCGGCUAAGCGCCCUGCGAUGUCCAGGCCAACCAGGAAGCGCGCCGCUGCAGAAAGCAGAAGGAGUGCACUUGAAUAUGUGGUGGACUUUGAAAAGAUCUACAAGUUCUUGAGUUUUCUCCAAAAUCCCAGCGAUGUCUCUCACCUCACUCCCACGGAGAGUGCGGUAGUUUUGGACCUGCUGAUGUCCCUCCCUGAAGAGCUCCCUCACCUGGACUGCAGGAAGCUGCAGGCCCACCUGGUCCAGGUAGGUUCUGCUGUUUGAUUCCUGCUUGUUUAAUGAGUCCAAAUGUUUAACCCGCUCAAACCAAGCCAGCGGUUUCCCAGCAUCGCCGCCGUAAUUUCUGUUCCACAAUGAGACUAAUAAAAACCUCUGUUUCACAAUACGGCCAUGAUAACCAUCCCAUAAACCAGCCUGAAGCCACGCCAGCCUUAUUUAUUUACACUAAACAAACAUUGUUAACAUGAAUCAGUUGCAAAUACAGGAAAGCGUAUAAAAUCUGUCCUCAAACCAACUUUACCAAUAAAACCACCACCGUCAUGCUGAGACGCCAUCCAGGGAGAAAAGGAAAGAGACGCUGAUGGUUCCUGGAUUCGCCACAGAUAAACGUCUCCAGGAGGUCAACUUGUCCGGAAACGUCUUAUUUACGGAAACCUUCAUGCUGAAAAGAACUAGUUUUGAAAGCACUAAACCUUGUUCAAUGCUGUGUAUUGAACCGGGCAUCGCCAUGGCUGUUACCAUGGUGACUAAAACAGCCCAGCAGCAGAAAACCGGACAGCGUUUAGCGCCGUUCAGACAACGUUGACUUUGGGUAUUAACUGCGUCCGAUUGGUCAAAAGGUCCGAUCUAAGCGGCCGCCUCGCCUCUAGAUGAAAACCAAGUGAGUCGGUGCGUACGCCUUCGUAGGCGGCGCCUCUCCCACCAACGCUGAUCUCCUUGGCUGCCAGCAGCAGGCGGCGCCAGAAAACUAGCAUUCAGGCAGUUGGUGAGAUCAUCAGCGUGGAGCCUCUAGGAGGAGCUGCGUCCGGACCCGUUUCCAGAACCUCAUCCAAAAAUUGAAGAGCAACGACAAACCUGAGGACUGCGGUGUCUCCUCUGAUGGAGAACGCCAUAACGCUGCGUUCUCUAAAGCAAAUAGCGGGCUAACGCGUGUUUUUAGAACACGGGUGGACCCGCUAACAAUCAGCUUCUGGUUCCUUCCCCACUGGUUAGAAAAGCUGGUCUAAUCCCUGUCUGGUGACAUCAUCACGCUGGGUUAGCGUCAGCUGCUCCCAC